GGCACCGAUGUGUCGUCAGUCCGUUGGAUGUUGACGCAGCGUUCUCCAGAAGGUGUGUGUCACCGCGCGCGCGCGCGCUCGUCCACCAUCUGUGCGCGCGCCCCUCCCUCUGUGACUCGCAGCAUCACCGGGAGCCCAGCGGAUGCUGCUGUGAAGAAUAUAUUUACGCUUCACGACCAGAGAACGAGGAAGAGGAAGAGAGAGAGAGAGAGGCAGGCGUGAUAUCUGAAUGCGUAAUUCGCGGUGGGAUGAUUUGAUGCGUGAGUUUACGUGAUCGCGGUCCCGUUUGGAGACAUUUCCUCCCAACAGGCUGUUGAUUUUUAGGUGUUGCCUGCAGCUGAGGUUGAUGUGAAAACGCGUCUUUCUCCGGUGGAUUUUUCCAAGGGCACCGAAAUGCGGCAGCGAUGAGCUGCGAUCGAGUCGGUUUGAGUUGUCAGAGUCACAUCCAGGGUUCGAGCUCUCCUCGCUUUGGUCCACUGACUGAUUUCUUAUUUUUUUUGGUGGGGGGAUGCGACGUCAUGAGCCUGAUCCCGUCUGACAGAUGUGUUGCAGCUGCACAGGCACAGACCGUCCGAUCCGGCGAGUUGUUUUAACUAUGAUUCUGUAAGAGGAGGAAGCCGGGAGAAAAGCGUCUUUCAACAUCAAUGUUCGAUUCCCUCCUCAGCGCACGGACGGAUCGCAUCCUUCAUUUCAUUUUCGGCUCUGCAUAAGAUGAUAACUGGAUCAGCCGCAUCAAUGCUACCGUCUGCAGAAGCCGCGAAACUCUACCAGACCAAUUACGUCCGCAACUCGCGUGUCAUCGGUCUCCUGUGGGCCAUUUUCACGAUCCUGUUCGGCAUCGUUAACGUGACCAUUUUCUCGCAGCCCUAUUGGAUCGGGGAUGGCGUGGACACCCCGCAGGCCGGCUACUUCGGCCUGUUUCACUAUUGCGUCGGGGACGGAAUCUCCAGGGAGCUGGACUGCCAGGGCAGCUUCACCGAGUUCUCCGCCAUCCCCUCCCGCGCGUUCAAGGCCGCCUCCUUCUUCAUUGGAAUGUCAAUGAUGUUGGUGGUCACCUGCAUCGGCUGCUUCAGCCUCUUCUUCCUCCUCAGCACCUCCACCGUGUACAAAAUCUGCGGCUGGAUGCAAGCAGCAUCAGGUGUCUGUCUGGUGCUGGGUUGUAUGAUCUAUCCUGAUGGCUGGGAUAGUGAUGAAGUGCGGCGGAUGUGCGGAGAGCAGACAGACAAAUACAGCCUGGGAGCUUGUUCAGUGCGCUGGGCUUACAUCUUGGCAAUCAUGGGCAUCCUGGACGCGCUCAUCCUCUCCUUCCUGGCCUUCGUCCUGGGGAACCGGCAGGACGGACUCAUGACGGAGGAGCUGCUGGCUGAGAGCAAGGAAGGAGGAAAUGCCUAAUUGAUGUUUAGGUUCGCUUCGUUCCGACUGUCCGAUCCUCUUCAGCACCAGUCGUUCAACAACCUUUUCAGGAAAGCAGACAGAGGCCCUGUGAAUUGGAAAACAAUGGAACCAGACAGCCUUCCUUUUCACCACUGUAACCUACCUUUGACGUUCAUCCAUCCCGCUCCCCUUCAUUGUUUCCAGCACUUAGACGGAGCCCAGAGCACCGUUUGUCAUCUAAGGACCUAACCCUUGCACACCAAUGCACAGACCAUGGCAAGGGCAGAGACUGUUAUUCUGUGGAGAAGAACAGCAUUCGUAUGGAAUAUCCUUUAUCCAACUACAUGAGACAUUGAAGCUCUUUCUGCAUAACCACACAUGUUCCAACUCUCACACCAGUCUGUACACAAAUGUAAUUACAAGUAUUAACCUAUGUUAACACCAAAAUGUGUGUGUCACUGUCAGAAUGAGUAUUAUGUUUUAUUUGUGAAAAGAAGAAGAAGAAAAAAUAAACAAUUAUAUCAGAUUAAUCUGUAGUGUUUAGGUUAAACAAAGUUAAGGUUUUACUUUACUCUCUCUCUCUUUCAUAUGCUACUUUAUUUCCCUGAAACAGAUAUUUAAAACUGUUUUGUAGUGAUACUAUCAUACGACAGAGACAACUAGAAUUACAAAGUGUGUACAGAGAAUAUUUAAAAGUGAUCUAUAAGGAUUUUAACUGAACCUGUUCUACAUCCUAUCUACUACCCAACUUUGCACAGUGCUCAAGUUUGAGAGGGGCGUUAAUAUUUUGUUGUUAGUGUAUCUACACUGUGAAAGCGGCUAUCUGAACUGCCAGCUGCAGGACUUCCAGCUGCUCAAUGAGUUUAACUGUAUGUGUGUGUUUGAUGUGAGCAUGCACGUACGUGUGUUAUGAGUGUAAUAGUUUGCCAACCUCACACACAGUUAGCCGUCCUCUUGUGUAUCUUAUAUCUGUCUUUGUCUCUAGGUGGGUCUUUCUUUAAUGACCGUGCUCUGUUUGUUUCGUUGGGACGUACAGGGUAAUGAGAUGGAGCGACAGGCGUGGCUGACAUCUGAACUCAAGUCGAGAUGAACUUUUGAAGCCUGUCCCAGCCUCACUCACGCAUAUGUUAUUGUGUAAAUAAAUAUUCUGUAGAUAUUGAUAAAUCAGUAAAUUAGAGCAACUAAAGAGAUUCCUUUAAGACUAUGAACACUUAAUAAAGGUUUUCACUGUAAGUC